AGACACGCAGAGAGCGAGAGAGAGAGACAGAAAAAGAGAGAGAGAGAGAGAGAGACAGAAAAAGAGAGAGAGAGAGAGAGAGAGAGAGGGGCCUCAAGCCUGUGGUUUUUGUAUGCAAGUUGUGGUCUUAAAAGGGAAAAAAAUAUAUACACUAAAAAUUCAGCCACCCAGAAAAUUCUGGUGAAGCGAUGACUCUCAAUUACUCGCUAGCCUCUGCUUUCCAUUUGGUAGGCCUACAAGAAUAUUGAGUCAGACGGAUAAUAUUCACUGUAUGGAAACGUCAGGAACCGCUAAGGGAAAAGAAGAGACUCCAUACAGAAGAAAGAAGAAGAUUUAAGAACAAUAGAGAUUGCCAUUUCUGCCUUUUCUUCUUCCUUUUUUUUUUCCUUUAAAAAAAUUUCUUUUUAUUGACCUUCAAGCAGUUUAGUUUCUGGGUUUGAUCGGUCGAUGGAUUUUAGACUGGCCAGUGCGGGCAUGGGUUUUUUCUUUUGGUUUUAUAUAAGCGCGGGUUUCAACGGAUGAUGCAUCGUUUUCUUUCAGUUCUGUUUGGAUAUCUGGUUUGCUGUAGUUUGUCUGAUGGAUUAGCUGUAGUUAAAAUUAAGUUGCAUUUGAUUGGUGGUAUUUUAGUAGCCUCUGCCCUCUGCGGGUAAAGAUUCCAAGUUUAAUAUUCUUCAUCUACUAAAAACCGGAGCACUUGAAUCCAGUCGAUUCAUUGCAAACAUGGUGUUGGAUUUGGUGUCUUGAUUGAUUGAGAUUUAGGAGAAUUAAGUAAUAGAGAGCAUAAGAGUGGAUAAGAUAACAGAGAUCCUUUUUACUCUUUGAAGGAUAAUAUAAUCAAUUCUAGAGAUGGGCCUGCCUCAAGUGUCCUCCGGUAGCAUUGCUGAGGAAAUGGCAGUAUCUCUGAGCACAUUGGUGCCAGCCCCACCCCAGAUUGUUGGUGUAAGCUGCUGUGAUUUGGGUGGGAUGCAGGGAGGAGCAAAUCUUGGCAAUAGAAUGCAGAUGGAUUUUCAAUGCCCUUCUCUUGAUGAUGUCCAAAAGAAAACCAUUCUGGAUCAUAAGAAUGGGCGGUUAACUCAUAAAAUUGGACAAAAUAUGCAGACACCUAUACCUAGGAUUGUGGGUUUUGAAUCAAGGGGUUUCAAUUCUCCUGUUAGUUUCUUUAAAGAAAACCAUUCUGUAUCUAAUGCAGUUAGUAGCACUGAUAAUGCAAUUGAGUCCACUGGAUCUCUAGUCAGGAAAAGGUUGUUGUCUCCUUUGAAUGGAAUGCUUCUCCCAGAUCAGUUUAAUGGUGAUUCCUUAGACAUUGGUGACAACUUUUACAAUAGUAACUUCCGGAGAGGCAAAGACGAUUAUGAAGUUUCUGAGUCACAAGAGCAUAAGAAAGCUCAUAUUGGCAACUCUAGUUAUUUUGAUUCUUCAAACUGUUGUGCACCUUAUCUUCCAGAGUGGAAGAAUUCACAGGAUGAUAGUUAUGGGGCAAAGUCCAUUUUCUUCGUAGAUGGUCCUGUUCUUGAUAACAAAGUUCUGACUUCUCACAUUCCAUUUGUUUCACCACUUGGACUUAAUUAUUCUGAAGAAACUACUAAGGUAAGGUCCCAAACUGGGGCGAUCGCGAUACCUGUAAAAAAGGCAGUAUCAUCUCCCUUAUCAUUGUCUCCUCUUGGUCCAAAGCUUCCUGAAAGAAUAAAUUCUGCAGGAUUAUGCCAUAAUGUCUCAGAAAAGUUAAAUGAUGAGUACUUGACCUUCAAAGACAUAGAACAGUCACUUGAUGGAACUUUCCCUGGCAUUUUAUCUUCCCAGAAGCAUGAGGACUCUAGGACACUGCAUGAAUCAUUGCAAGAUUUUGAUAAUUUUCAUAGAAGUUUAGAUGUUCUUACCCCAGAGAUUACUAGUAAUGUGGUGCAUUCAUGGGGUGAGGAUACAAAUCUUCCUCCAUGUGUCAAAUUGAGUAGAACUCUCGGUGGAUUGCCUGUUAGAAGAUCCUUGGUUGGUUCAUUUGAGGAGUCCUUGUUAUCUGGUCGGUUAUUAUCUGGUAAAGCUAGUCAGAGAAUUGAUGGCUUCCUUGCUGUUCUUAAUGUUACUGGAGGGGAUUUCUCGCCACAAUCACAGAAACUUCCAUUUUCAGUAAUUAGUGUAGAUGGAGAUAACUACUUGUUAUACUAUUCAUCAAUAGAUCUAGCAGCAGGGAAUUCGCCAACAAAAAAUUGUAGUGGCACAAAAAUGAGGAGGAGCCUGAGCAUUGAUGAUUCACAAGCAGAUCAAUGCAGGCUACGCAUUCCUGUGAAAGGGAGAAUACAAUUGGUUCUUAGUAAUCCAGAAAAGACGCCUAUCCACACUUUCUUUUGUAACUAUGAUUUAAGUGACAUGCCAGCUGGUACCAAGACAUUUCUGCGCCAAAAGAUCACCUUGUACUCAUCUGGAUUGAAUGGGAGGAACAGAGAUUCUGACAUAAAAAGCAACGUCAAGCAAUCUUUCAUGCCAGACAGUAUUCAUUCUUUAAGUCAUGGGAGGGAGGCUUCCAAUUUAAAUGGACUUGAUGCUGAACAUACAAUAAUGUCUCCCAACCACAGUAAUCAAUGUAUAAAUACUAGUAUGGAGGCCAAUUGCCCUCUAAAUUCUACUGGUGUAUUUGGAAGCAAAUCUGUACAUAGCCCUUCUAAAGCCAAUGAAAACACUGCUGGAGCUGGUGUUCUGCGAUAUGCUCUUCAUCUCCGGUUUUUGUGCCCUUUACCCAGGAAAAGCCCAAGGUCAGUCCGAAGGUGCAAAUCUGAUCCUUUAUCGGUACCAACAGGAAACAAGACGGAAAUGCAAGGGGAUCGCCGCUUCUACUUGUAUAGCAACAUGAAGGUGGUGUUCCCACAACGCCAUUCAGAUGCCGAUGAGGGCAAGGUAAGUUUUGUGUGUCCAUUAGAAUUUACGCUUGGGAAGUGCAUGCUUCAAUCUGCUUAUUGUUUUCUUGAAUGAUGCUUAUUUUCUGGCUGAGCAUUCCUGGGAAUCUGGCAUAUGCACGAGUUACUGUUUAGUCUUCAUGUUCAUAUUAUGAACCAGCCAAAAAAAAAAAAAAGAGAAAGAAGAAGAAAGUGACAGAGAGAAUCAGUGGAUGGUUUCUUCAGUGAUAUAUUCAUUAUUGUUUAUAUUGAGUGAUGCUUAUUUUUUAGCUGAGCAUUCAUGGACUUACGGCAUAUGCAUGACUUGCACUUCCAUUAUCGUAUCCACUGCUUGUGCGUGUGUAAGAAUUGAUAGAUGGUUUCUUCAGUGAUUCAUCUUUGCAUUAUUGUGCUCCAAUCGAGAAAAUAUCAGAAUCCUUUGAGGCAUCAAUCAGAAUCUCAACCCUCAAUGCUGAUGAAACAUCCUUUUCUACAUUGCAGCUGCAUGUAGAAUAUGAUUAUCCAUCAGAUCCCAAGUACUUCGAUAUUUAACGGCCCGGUAGCUUGUCCUCUCAGAAGUUGGUUAUACAGCUCUUGUUGUUGUACAGAUGUGUACAUAAAUUUACUGUCAUCCUCCCAUUUUAUUUGUACAUAAUUUUAGUUUUUCUUAAGAAAAAAAUAAAUCAGAUUUAAUUUUAUAAUCCUCUAUGUUCUCUCUUGGCCCU